AUUUCCAGGAUAUUGAUAGAAGUAUGGGUUCGCGCGAUGAUGAAUACGACUAUUUAUUCAAAGUUGUGUUGAUUGGCGAUUCCGGCGUUGGCAAAUCUAAUCUGUUAUCACGGUUCACUCGAAAUGAAUUUAAUUUGGAGUCGAAGUCAACAAUAGGUGUCGAAUUUGCGACGAGGAGUAUACAGGUCGAAGGGAAAACAGUGAAAGCUCAAAUAUGGGAUACAGCAGGACAAGAAAGAUAUCGAGCAAUAACGUCGGCAUAUUACAGAGGUGCCGUUGGUGCGCUUUUGGUGUACGAUAUUGCUAAACAUGUUACAUAUGAAAAUGUUGAAAGAUGGCUUAAGGAAUUACGUGACCACGCAGACCAAAAUAUAGUAAUAAUGUUGGUUGGAAAUAAAAGUGAUUUGCGUCACUUGCGUGCAGUACCUACAGAUGAGGCGAAAGCAUAUGCAGAAAAAAAUCAAUUGUCAUUCAUUGAAACUUCCGCACUCGAUAGCACUAAUGUGGAGGCUGCUUUUACUAACAUUUUGACCGAGAUAUACAAAUCAGUAUCUGUGAAGCACGUUGGUGGUGAUAAUCGGGCUGCAAUAUCUACACCAGGCUCGAAUGGUAUUGUAAUCUCGCCAACAGCCGAACCCCAAACUAAAAAGCAGUGCUGUUCCAGUCUAUGAUCUUUGCAAUCCCUUCCUCCCCGCCACCAAAAAAGUAGCAACAGUGAUUUACGGGCUUGGUGGUCAUCAUAGUAUUUCCUUUCCAUCUUUCUCGUUUGUUCGCUGCUUUCGUUUUUACCUGGAACAGGACAGAUUCACUUCUUAUUUGUUCUUUUUCUUUUUUGUUACCCGUCCAUUAUAAUUGUAAUCUUCAAAAUGCUUUACAGAGAGAUCUUUCGUACUGUCGUAGCACACCUGUAGGUUUGCUUUGUCGCGGUUUGCACCUUUUUUCCCG